GAACGGUUGAUGUUCUUUAUUAAUUCUUUAAAAUUUAAGACUAACAUAAGCAGUGUGCUAAGUAAUAAGUAGUUAAGAAUUCAUUUUCAAGAUUUAUUUGAGCGUACAAUAACACAGUAUGCAUUCACUAUUAAGGUCUGUUAAAAUUUAUGAAAUUAGUAUUACUUUUAAUUUAAUUAAUCUUACAAAUAACUGCAUAUUUUUUAAUCAAUUUUACUAAGAUAUUUUAAGAAUAUGUUUCAGGACAUAGUGAUUAAAUACUUAUUCAAAUACUUUCUAGGGUUUGCCUUACAAAUUGCAGAAAAGUGGCCAGACCUAGCUUGGGCACGUGAUGAGAAUGAUGACACAGCUUUGCAUAUCUUGGCUUUCGAUCAAACGCCCUUACAUUCUUGUUCUCAUUGUCGUGAUAUUGCAAAUCCCAUCAGCAUCAACCCCGGAAUGAAAAAGGUUGUGACUUUGCAAUUGGUUAAAUAUCUCUGGAAAAAGAUUCUUCUCAAAAAAAGGAUCUCGGAAGUAAUUCGAAUCAUAAGUGAACCUUACCAGGCAUUAUUUGAUGCAGCAGAAGUUGGUAACUUUGGAUUCUUAUCAGAGCUUAUUAGUGCUCUCCCUCAUUUGAUAUGGGAAGAGGACGAAAAAAAACACACUAUAAUUCACACGGCAGUUUCACAUCGCCAUGCUGAUAUCUUCAAUCUAAUACAUGAGAUAGAUUCCCAAAAAGAUUUCAUAGAUUACAUAGUAAGAUGCAGGGUCAAUCUAAGUCAUCCUUCACCUUCUGAAGCUGAAAUGACAAAUAACACUUUAUUGCAUUUGGCUGCAAAGUUAGCCCCCUCAAGUCAAGAAUUAGUUACUGGAGCAGCAUUCCAGAUGUGCCUCGAGAAAAGGUGGUUUGAGGAGGUGAAGAAGAUAAUGCCUCCACAUCUCAUAAUAAAGAAAAAUUCUGCUUUGCUAACUGCUAAGGAUUUAUUCACAAAGGAGCAUGAAGGAUUGCGAAAAGAUGGAGCAGAGUGGAUGAAACGUACUGCUGAGAAUUGCAUGCUCAUCUCAACUGUUAUUGCUACAGCAGUGUUCUCUGCUGCGAUUAAUAUACCAGGUGGUAUUGAUGAUGGAACAAACAAACCAAAUUAUUUGAACCAAACAUCAUUUUUGGUAUUUGCAAUAUCAGCUGGAGCGGCUUUCAUCUCAUCUUCAACUGCAAUAUUAAUAUUCUUGUCUAUUCUCAUGUCACGUUAUUCUGAAGAUGACUUUUACCGGUCACUGCCCUUCAAGUUGAUAUUUGGACUUCUAACUCUAUUCAUCUCCAUAGCAUGUAUGAUGAUAGCAUUUGCCAGUGCUUUCUUUAUAACGUACAACUAUGGUUCGUGGGUUGUACCGAAUUCAAUUGCAGUACUUGUUUGUCUACCAUUGCUUUUAUAUAUAUUUCUGCAAUAUUCGUUAUGGUCGGAUAUCAUAUAUUCAACCUUCAAUUGUAGGUCUCUAUUUCGUCCAACCAAAUGUAUGAUCUAUACAUGAUCUAUAUUAUUAAAGUAUGACAUUUUAAAAAGUAUAUAUAUAUA